AUGUCUGACAGUUCGGCCACUCAGGAGGUCCGAAACGAAAAGGGCCCCUCGACGUCGGCGGCCAACGAGGAGUACCAGGCGCUGAUUGAGUUUAUCCGCGCCCAGAAGACGAAUGCGGCCGACGAGGGCGAGGAUGACGGAUCCCACGUCGUCCGCAAGCGCAACUGGCUCAUGCCCUGGAAGGUGACCGAGCAGCGUGUCAACAAGCACGGCGAGGUCGAGGAGCUUUCUCAGAAGGUCCCCGCAUCCUGGCUCGAGACCGACAUGAUGCGCGGCAUCAGCGAGGCCGACGUCCAGAAGCGUCGCGCCAUGUUCGGCUACAACGAGCUCGAGUCGCCCAAGGAAAACAUGCUGCUCAAGUUUAUCGGUUUCUUCCGCGGCCCCGUCCUCUACGUCAUGGAGCUAGCCGUCGUCCUCGCCGCCGGUCUGCGUGACUGGAUCGACUUCGGUGUCAUUAUCGCCAUCCUGCUGCUCAACGCCUUUGUCGGCUGGUACCAGGAGAAGCAGGCUGGCGACAUUGUCGCCCAGCUCAAGGCCGGUAUCGCGCUCCGCUCCACCGUCGUCCGCGACGGCAAGGAGGUCGAGAUCGAGGCCCGUGAGCUCGUGCCCGGAGACAUUGUCGUUAUCGAGGAUGGCCAGACGGUCCCCUGCGACGGACGCCUGCUCGCCGAGUACGAUGACAAGGACGGUUCCGCCGCUGCCGCCAUCCGCGAAAAGGCCGAGGCCUCGCGCCGCGCCGGCGGUGGAGGCGAGGACGACGACCAGGGCAUCGACAAGGGCCCCGCCAUCAUCGCCUGCGACCAGUCGGCCAUCACCGGAGAGUCGCUCGCCGUCGACAAGCACAUUGGCGACACGGUCUUCUACACCACCGGCUGCAAGCGCGGCAAGGGCUACGUCCUCUGCACCGACAUCGCCAAGCAGACGUUCGUCGGCCGCACCGCCGCCCUCGUCCUCGGUGGCGAGACCGAGGGCCACUUCCAGAAGGUCAUGGGCUCCAUCGGCCUCGCCCUGCUCGUCCUCGUGCUCGUCUUCCUGCUCGCCGUCUGGAUCGGAGGCUUCUUCCGCAACACUGGCAUCUCGACGCCCGCCGAAAACAACCUGCUCACCUACACGCUCAUCUUCCUCAUCAUCGGCGUCCCCGUCGGUCUUCCUUGCGUCACCACCACCACCAUGGCCGUCGGCGCCGCCUACCUCGCCAAGCGCCAGGCCAUUGUCCAGAAGCUCACCGCCAUCGAGUCGCUCGCCGGUGUCGACGUGCUGUGCUCGGACAAGACGGGUACCCUGACCGCCAACAAACUGUCGAUCCACGAGCCCUUCACCUCGGAGGGCGUCGACGUCAACUACAUGAUGGCCGUCGCCGCGCUCGCCUCGUCGCACAACGUCAAGUCGCUCGACCCCAUUGACAAGGUCACGAUCUCGACGCUCAAGGACUACCCCGGCGCCCAGCAGGAGCUCGCCUCGGGCUGGACCACGCACCGCUUCACCCCCUUCGACCCCGUCUCGAAGCGCAUCACCGCCGAGGUCGAGAAGGACGGAAAGCAGUACAUCGCCGCUAAGGGCGCGCCCAACGCCAUCCUCAAGCUGUGCGCCCCCGACGCCGAGACCGCCUCGCAGUACCGCAAGGUCGCCGCCGACUUCGCCUCGCGCGGCUUCCGCUCGCUCGGCGUCGCGAUGAACACCGACGGCCAGUGGAAGCUCCUCGGCCUGCUGCCCAUGUUCGACCCACCGCGCUCCGACACCGCCGCCACCAUCGCCGAGGCCCAGACGCUCGGCGUCUCGGUCAAGAUGCUCACCGGUGACGCCGUCGCCAUCGCCAAGGAGACCUGCAAGAUGCUCGCGCUCGGAACCAAGGUCUACGACUCGCACCGCCUGAUCGGCUCCGGAGGCAUGGCCGGCUCCGCCAUCCACGACUUUGUCGAGGCGGCCGACGGCUUCGCCGAGGUGUUCCCCGAGCACAAGUACCAGGUCGUCGAGAUGCUCCAGCACCGUGGUCACCUGACGGCCAUGACGGGUGAUGGUGUCAACGACGCCCCCUCGCUCAAGAAGGCCGACUGCGGUAUCGCCGUCGAGGGCGCCUCGGACGCCGCCCGCUCCGCCGCCGACGUCGUCUUCCUCGACGAGGGCCUGUCGACGAUCAUCACCUCGAUCAAGGUCGCCCGCCAGAUUUUCCACCGCAUGAAGGCCUACAUCCAGUACCGUAUCUCGCUCUGUCUCCACCUCGAGAUCUACCUCGUCCUCUCGAUCCUCAUCCUCGACGAGGUCAUCCGCUCCAACCUCAUCGUCUUCAUUGCGCUCUUUGCCGACGUCGCCACCAUCGCCAUCGCCUACGACAACGCCCCGCACGCCAAGCAGCCCGUCGAGUGGCAGCUGCCCAAGAUCUGGAUCAUCUCGGUCGUCCUCGGCGUCCUCCUCGCCGCCGGCACCUGGAUCCUCCGCGGCACCCUCUUCCUCAACAACGGCGGUGUCAUCCAGAACUUCGGCAACACCCAGGAGAUCCUCUACCUCGAGGUCGCCCUCACCGAGAACUGGCUGAUCUUCAUCACCCGCCUCGGCGGCGGCGAGUCGGACAUCACCCUCCCCUCGUGGCAGCUCGUUGGCGCCGUCCUGGCCGUCGACAUCAUCGCCUCGCUCUUCGCCCUCUUUGGUUGGCUCUCGGGCGCGCCCAACCGCAACCCCAUCACCGCCCCCCACGGCGGCUGGACCGACAUUGUCACCGUCAUCCGCGUCUGGAUCUUCUCGUUCGGCGUCACCGUCAUCAUCGGCCUGGUCUACUACAUCAUGAACAGCUGGCGAUGGCUCGACAACCUCGGACGACGACAGCGCUCGGUCAAGAACCCCAUCAUCGAGGACCUCUUCACCAACCUCCAGCGCCUCACCAUCGUCCACGAGAAGAACGCCGAGGGCGAAGAGCUCUGGGCCUUCCAGCCCCGCACCGAGAUCGAGGACGAGUAG